AUGAAUUUAGAUAAAAACCUUCGUAAAGGUCAAUGUUUACCGGCUUUGCAAAACCCAGCCCCAGCUCCAGUAGGAAAUCCAGCUAAUGCUGAGAACCCAACCCCGGUGCAAAAUGCGACACCAGCUGAAAACCCAAUUUCGAUGCAAAACCAAGCCCCAGCACCCACUCCCGAAGGCGACUUCAUUUCGUUCGAUGAAAAUCCGUCGAUGCACCAGCCAAGAGAGGCAAGAGAACCGGCAGUCGACUUUUUAACCAAUGAUAUCCCAAAUAUUGGAUCU